AUGGCCGCCCUAUCGACCACCGGGCCCGCAGCCGUGGCCCGCCCGGCGCGAUCUCUCUCGCUCACGACCCGCAGGAGCACCCAUGCGAGGGCCCCCGCCGGUCGCGCCCGAACGGUGCAGGUGCAGGCGCAGGUGCGCAUCCAGUUCGAGCUCGAGGGCGCCUCCCCCGACGUCAGGGUGAUCGGUAACCACCCCGCGCUCGGAAACUGGGAUCCCGCCCAAGGCCUCCGCAACGGCGACUACAUCACGCUGGAAGACCCCGGCGCCAUGAGGCUCGAGUACAAGUGGCACAACGGGAGCGAGUACGAGAUGGGCGGCAACCGCAUGGUCGUCCUCCCGGACGCCGCCGAUCGCGACGUCACCCUCGCGCUGGCCGUCGUCGAUCGCCUUCGCGCGGUCCCCGACGUCGUUUACCAGCCCCCCGUCGUGCAGCAGCAGCAGGCGCCCCCCCCCAAUGUGCCCACCGUCGAGCCCGUGUACAAGGGUCAGCCGGCACAGUACGCGGGUCAGUCCGGGUACGACGGCUACCAGGCCCCGGUCAACAUAACCUACCACGAUCACCACGAUCCGUACUACGACGAUCACGAUCACGACAACGACAACGACGUCAUCGAUCACUCGUACGGCUCCUACCAGGCUCCCGCCGCCUACCAGGCUCCCCCCGUCCACGAGGCUCCCGCCUACGAGGCUCCCACGCGCUCCUACCACGACGAGGCGUCCCCGGGGGCCAGCAUCGACGACGGCGCCAAACGCAUGCAGUUCGUCCCGGUGUCCGCCGCGGGCCCCGACGCGGGCGAUCGCAAACCCGACGGCUCCGGUCCCCCGCGCUGGUUCCGCGAGGGCGUGGUGUACUCCAUCCAGACGCUCGGCUUUUGCGGAUGCGAGGGACCGCCGGGUUCGUUCUCCGAGGGGGAACGGCUGAUGAAGCUGCUGAACGAGGGGUGGAUCGAGCACCUCGCCAGGCUCGGGUGCACGGUGCUCUACCUCGGCCCGCUCAUGCGCGCGUCGCACGAUCUCGGCCACGGGUACGACACCGCGGAUUACUUCCAGCUGGACCCGCGCUUGGGAACUGUGGAGACGCUUCGCGCGGUGGUGGACGCGUGCCACCUCCUGGGCAUCAGGGUCAUCGUCGACGGCGUGUUCAACCACACCGGCCGCGAUCACUUCGCGGCGCAGGACGUCGUGAGGAACGGGAGGAGUUCGCAGUACUGGGACUGGUACAGGGGCGCGAGGGAACUUCCCGGCGGCGGCGCGGAGAUCCCGGGCUGGGAAGGUCACGCGGGGCUGCCCCAGCUGAACCACCAGAACCCGGACGUGCGCCGCCACAUCACGGACUGCGGCAGGUUUUGGAUGUCGAGCGAGGGCGCGAACAUCGACGGGUGGAGGCUCGACGUCGCGCACGAGGUGGCGCCGGAAUUUUGGCGGGAGUUUAGCGCCGCGUGCCGAGACGCCAAGCCCGACUGCGUGCUCCUCGGCGAGCUCAUGCACGGCGACUACAACACCCACGUGGGCCCCGGGCUUCUGGACAGCGGGACCAACUACCAGCUGUCCAAGGCGCUGUGGUCCUCUCUCAACGACCACAACUACUGGGAGCUGGCGCACUCGUACGGCCGCGAUAAGGACAUGUACGGCGCCCUCACCAUGCUCAACUUUCUCGGCAAUCACGACCAGAUGAGGAUCCACAGCCGCCUCAACAACCCGUCCGCGCACUACCCGCUCGCCGCCGCGUCCAUGAUCCUCGGCCGCGGUGUGCCGUGCCUCUACUACGGAGACGAACUCGGCGAGCAGGGCAAGCCCGGGGGCCCCGAGGGCGACCUCGCCAUGCGCCGCGCCAUCGACCUCCGAGACGCCCUCGCGAACCAAAGCGCGAAAGACGUCGCCAGGCGCACCGCCGAGCUCGUCGCGCUGCGCAGGUCGCACGAGGCGCUCCGCGACGCGGACGCCGAUCAGGUCCCGCUGGCGCACACCAACGAGACCAUGGCGUUCGCGAGGGUCGCGCACGGCGGCGCGUCGGCCGUCGUCGCCUUCAACAACUCGGAUAACUCCCAGCGAAUGACGCUGCCCGUGGGCGAGAAGAUCGGGGCACACGACGGGUGCGAGUUUGAGGAGCCGCUCGCAAACGGUCAGCGGCUGCACGUGUCCGGGGGACAGCUCCACGUCGAGCUGCCCCCCAACGGGCUCCGGGUGUUCCUCCGCGUGUAA